AUGUCGUCCCUUUCGUGGAACGGAAUCACCUUUGGUGUAGAACUCGAGUUCAUGGCUCCCCCUCCUGAUCGAGAACACUGGAAACUGUACACUCCAUCAGCUGGAGCACGCGCCAAUGUUUCCAAGCUGCUCUCUCAGCACACCACCCAGCCCAUCACCUAUGCUCGUACAUGUGUCAUCAACCCCCCUGGACAGAUCGAUCAGUCCCGGCCUGCGACUGCCUACUUUCACUUCAUGUAUGAGUAUCUCCAGUGCGUCAAGGAUCUCAACGCAGAGCGCUGCUGGCCUGGCGUAGAGAUGUGCACCCCCAUUCUCGGCCAGGCUGAGUUGGCUUCUGGUCUUCCCGCCGUAAAGGACAUCCUUUCUGGUAUGCGCAAGACUGGUGUACCCAUCACCGCAGACGACUGUUGCGGCAUGCACGUCCAUGUCGGCGUCGAAGAAGGCAUGACAGUCUAUCUCGCAAAGAGAAUCGCCACGCUGGUCGUUCUUCUUGAGAAUACUCUCAUUCUCCGGUUUGUUGCCCCUUCACGAUGGGUGAGUGAAUAUGCUACUACCAUCUGCGAAGAUUCGCAGGCUGCGAAAAAGGAAGCAACUAUCUGUCCCGCCGAACUGGAAGCUUUCGAGAAGCACAUGCCGCCGCGGUCGAGAAUGCACCCAAGCAAAUGGAACAGCAAUGAUCCCAAGAUGUACUACAGAACUCUACGUACCAUCUGGUCCUGCGAAGACCUGGAAGUUCUCGACGUGCAACUUCGAAGAAACGGCCUCAAGAGCUGCGGCCUUGCACUCUCGUUGCGCAACUAUAAGGACCGAAACAUGAGACGCGCCGGCGAAAACAGAUACGAAGGGACACCCUCAACUGUCGAGUUUCGCUACGCGCAGAUGAGUUUCGAUCAUGUCCUCAUCCGCAACUGGGUCGAAGUUAUGGCGCGCAUCGUGGACCUUGCACGAGCCCAAGACGAUGAAUUCAAGGACAUCGUCUCGACAAUCAUCGAUGUGAACUACGAGGCUGUUUCACAACGCACCUCUGCUUGGAAGCCUUUGCUGAAGCAAGUUUUCAAGCUGGAGCAUCGCAUUCCUGACUGGGAGGCCCAGCUGGAAAAGUUCAACCGCGAUGAGUACAUCUCUCUCUUGGACGAGAGGCUUCUUCUCCGGCCGGAGUAG